GCGACCUGCGGAACACACAGAGGGACAUGGCGGCUCGCGUUGAAAUCAUCGGGUGCUUGAUCGUUGUUGCGGUUCUUCUCCAGGGUGCAGCAGCAGCUGAUACACACCAUGUUGGAGGCAAUAUAUCAUGGUCUAUUCCUGCUGAAGGCAAGUCUGCAUACACGACCUGGGCUAGUGGAGAGGAUUUCAAGCUUGGCGACACCAUUGUGUUCAAUUGGACUGGAGAACACACCGUGGCCAGGGUAUCCAAGGACGUUUAUGAUAACUGCAACACAACCAAUGUAUUAGCCAAUGAUGUCCAAGCAAAAAGCCCAGUAAAUUAUACUCUGAAUUCUACAGAGCCUCAGUACUUCAUCUGCACCAUCGGUCCACACUGCUCACUUGGCCAGAAGGUCACCAUCAGCAUCUCAUCUGCCACAUCUCUCACCGUUGGUGCUGUAACCACCAUGCUCUUGGUCAUGGCCAUCUCUUUCUUGACUUCCAUAUAAAUCUCCCACAUUUUCUGUGUUCUGUCUUAGUGUCCUGGUACAGUAGUGGUGAUCAUUCACUUGAAUAAUGUAUCUGUUUUUGGAUUGAAUUAUAACAGUAUUUAGAUUUGUUUA